AUGGCUCUCAGCUCCCGGGCUCACGCUUUCUCGGUGGAAGCCUUGGUGGGACGCUCCACCAAGAGGAAGGGGACGGAUGGUGGCGAAGAAGAGAGCGGGCUCGCUUGCCGGCAGAACCGCAGAGUCCCGGAGCCGGAAAAGCGGCCUAAAACCGGCCCCGAGAGCCGGGAGGCGGGGGCCGGGGUGCAGGUGGAGUUGCAGGGCUCCGAGCUCUGGAGGAGGUUCCAUGAGAUCGGCACCGAGAUGAUCAUCACCAAGGCCGGCAGGAGGAUGUUCCCGUCGGUCAGGGUGAAGGUGAAGGGGCUGGAGCCGCUGAAGCAAUACUACAUCGCCAUCGACGUCGUCCCGGUGGACUCCAAAAGAUACAGGUACGUCUAUCACAGCUCGCAGUGGAUGGUGGCGGGGAACACGGAUCACUCCUGCAUCACCCCCCGGCUCUACAUCCACCCCGACUCCCCCUGCUCGGGGGAGACCUGGAUGAGGCAAAUCAUCAGUUUCGACCGGGUGAAGCUCACCAACAACGAGAUGGACGACAAGGGGCACAUCAUCCUGCAGUCCAUGCACAAGUACAAGCCCCGCGUCCACGUUAUCGCCCAGGACUCCCGCUUCGAUCUAGCGCAGAUCCAGUCGCUGCCGGCCGAGGGGGUGCACACCUUCUCCUUCCAGGAGACCGAGUUCACCACCGUAACGGCUUACCAAAACCAGCAGAUCACGAAGUUGAAAAUCGACAGGAAUCCCUUCGCCAAAGGUUUUCGGGAUCCCGGGAGGAACAGGGGGGUCCUGGACGGGCUCCUGGAGACCUACCCGUGGCGGCCCCCCCUCGCCCUGGAUUUCAAGGCUUUCGGCGCAGACAGCCAGGGUGGGAGCUCCAGUUCUUCGCCGGUGACCUCCAGCGGCGGGACGCCCUCUCCUCUCAACCCCCUGCUCUCUCCAUCGUGCUCACCUCCUGCGUUUCACUUGUCGGCGAGCAACAUUGGCGUGUCGUGCCCCGAGACCUACCUACACAACCUCAACGUGCCCCUCUACUACAAGAUUUGUCCUACGGGCUUCUUAAGACAACAGUCUCUCAUCUUUCCAAGCCAUGAAAAACUGGGAGGCACCAACGCGCAUCUUUUACCCCACGUCAUGGUGGAUAUGCCAAAACUAUCUUCCCUCAGCAUAACCAAUCUGAAAAAUGCUAAAGCUGAAGACUUAAACGGGCAAUGUCUACAAGUACCCAAUUCUGCUAGUCAAAUGCUGUAUGGAUUACAUGCAUCUGGAAACAUUUUCCCAUCAAGUCCCAUUGCUCGGGAAGCACUUAAUUGUUCUUUACAUCCUCCAUAUGGCUUGUAUGGUUAUAACUUCUCUGUGCCAUCUAGACUGAUGAAUGCAGCAAGCCAUUUCAAAGUGAGUGACAGCAUUCCGGCUUCUUUGAGAGAUGGCAGAUGUAAUCACUCUAACUGGCACCCAACAAUUAACCAUUGCCUUUAGUGGAAUUAUGUAAUAUUUCUAAGCAUUGAUAUGUAAAGCAAGCCUUUCCUUCCUUCAUACCCAAGGGCUUGCUAGUUAUUGACUAUGAAAUACUGCAUGGUACAGGAGCGGUAUGUCUAGGCAUUUAACUUUUUUUGCGGGCAAACGCGUCAUGUUGUUGGGAGGGUGGAGGAUCUGGGAGCGUGGAGGGUCUGAGAUGAUCCACAGCAAGGUGAUACCUUUUGGUAGUAUUUAUGUCAUGGUUGUAGGUUAAAAGCAAACUGUACAGUCACCUUUUUAAUAUUUGCACUCUGAAGUGGGAACGUAGCCGUAUACAUUUCUACAAAUAUGUUUUCCUGAAACUUUUUAUCUAGCUUGCCUUUAGUUAGCUCAAAGCCCUAGUGAGCUUCUGCUCACCCAUUUGAGAUUUUCCACUUAUUUCAAAGGGACUAUUUGAGACCUUGAGUCAG